CCCAGAAACAGAAACCCUUUAUUUAUUUAUUUAUUUGUGAAAACCCAGAAAACCAAAUUUGCUGUCGGGUGCCCGACAAUCGGAUAAGAGAAAGAAAGCUGAAAAAUAAAAACGACAACAAAGAGGAGAGAGCGAGACCAGUCUCCAGGAGCUCUUUCUUCUCCGACGAACCGAGCUCUAUCUCCUUUUAGUAGAGAGAGAGAGAGAGGGAGAGAUGGAAGUGGCCAUGUCCGUCCGAGCUCUGGCUCGCCUUCCGCUGUCCAAUUCCAAAGUAACAGCCCACGAAAAUGGCGUCUUCCUGGGCUCGCCUCUCCCUUUGCGAAGCCAAACCAGCCGAAGGGUGUCCGAGAAGAAGCGGCAGCUGAUGGUGGUGGAGGCAAAGGGGAAGAGAGGGAUGAUGGCCCGCCAGUUCCAGCGGCCUCCCCCUCCCCCUCUCCCCAAGAUCGAGGACGAUGGCAACCCCCGAUUCGUCAUCUUCAUCCGAACCACAAAAGUCUCUGUGUAUCUUUGGUACCCUCUUAGUGUAGUAACAGGUGGCACAACUGCAAAGAUCAUGGUUGCUGCAAAAGAUAACUUUCUUGGAAAAUAUAUCUAUAAAGAUACUAUUGCCAGAAACCUGGCAGCUGUGAUUUACAGAGAUGAGAAGGAGAUACAAAAGACAGCAUUCAAGCAAUAUCGUGUGUUGCGCUCUGCUACUGCAUUUAGAUAUGGCUACAAACUUAUUGAAAAUAACAAUUUGAGAGCCGCCAUUUCUACGAAUGAUGUUAUUGAACUUCCAACACAGGAGGAGCUUAAAACUGUUCUUGAUAAGGUGAAGGACUUUGUUGGCAAUGCUGCUGGUGGUGCCAAAGAAUCAUUUGGGAAGCUUACUGCAUUAGGUUCACUGUCAAAUGAAGAAUCAGAAUCGAGAUCCAAGGUAAAGAGCUGAUGUUAUGGUCUUCUCAACAACAGGAAUGAGGACAAUUAAGGUCUCUGAUUCGGUAGCUGCUUUAGAUUUGUUAUGACUUGCAAAGUUCUGUAUAGGACUUGCGGGUUUGGGGGGAGACUGGAAAACUGUGUAAGCUUUUGUAUAUUUCUUGAUAUUUCAAAUGGAAUUGGCAGAUAUUUUCCAUCUUUUCCUUU